AUGGAGUGCUCAAGGACGAGCGGCGUCUGCCUCUGGUUAGGCCUGGUCUCCUUGGCGACGACCCUGACACAAGGUGAUGCUGGGGUCGUAAACGAGACAUGUUCAGAGGGGACAUCAAAAUGCAAGCCAGGAAUCCUGCUGCCGAUCUGGUAUCCCGAGAACCCCUCAACUGGGGACAAAAUGGCACGUGUGAUCGUCUACUUUGUUGCAAUGAUCUACAUGUUCCUGGGGGUCUCCAUCAUCGCUGACCGCUUCAUGGCUGCCAUCGAGGUCAUCACGUCUCAGGAAAGAGAGAUUGUGGUGAAGAGGGCAAACGGGGAGACGAUGACAACAACAGUGCGCAUUUGGAAUGAAACUGUGUCGAACCUGACACUACUGGCUCUGGGCUCAUCUGCUCCUGAGAUCCUGCUGUCAGUGAUUGAGAUCUGCGGUCAUGGUUUCUAUGCUGGCCAUUUAGGACCAUCCACCAUUGUAGGCAGUGCUGCCUUUAACAUGUUUGUUAUCAUUGGCAUUUGUGUGUCUGCAGUGCCAGAUGGUGAAGUACGUAAGGUGAAACACCUGCGUGUGUUCUUUGUGACGGCGGCUUGCAGUGUGUUUGCAUACGUUUGGCUCUACAUGAUCCUCGCUGUUUUUUCACCCAAUGAGGUGCAUGUGUGGGAGGGACUUAUAACACUUGCUUUUUUCCCUGCCUGUGUUAUCUUGGCUUGGGCUGCUGACCGUCAUCUGCUGUUCAACAAGUUCAUGCAGAAGACCUACAGAGCCGACAAGCACCGCGGCGUGAUCAUUGAGACUGAGGGUGAGCGGUCCAAAGGCAUUGAGAUGGAUGGGAAAAUGGCGAACUCGCACUUCCUGGACGGUGGUGCUGCUACUAACCUGAUGGGACUGACAGAGGGAAAAGAAAUGGACGAAUCACGUCGGGAGAUGAUCCGAAUUUUGAAGGACCUAAAGCAGAAACAUCCGGAGAAGGACCUGGACCAGCUGGUAGAAAUGGCAAACUACUAUGCAUUGUCACACCAGCAGAAGAGCCGAGCGUUCUACCGCAUCCAGGCCACACGGAUGAUGACGGGUGCUGGCAACAUCCUGAAGAAGCAUGUUGCAGAGCAGGCAAAACGCAGCACUAGUAUACAGGAAGUGCAUGUCGAAGAGCCAGAGGAUUUUGUGACACAGAUUGGAUUUGAACCUGCUGCAUAUCAGUGCUUGGAGAACUGUGGCGCUGUCCUGCUAACCAUCAUGCGCAAAGGUGGUGAUGUCUCUAAGACAGUAUAUGUUGACUACAAGACUGAAGAUGGCUCAGCCAAUGCUGGUGCUGAUUAUGAGUUCACAGAGGGCACCGUGGUGUUCAAACCUGGCGAGGUAAUCAAGGAGAUUGCCAUUGGCAUCAUUGAUGACGAUAUCUUUGAGGAAGAUGAGCACUUCUUUGUUCGGCUCAGCAACGUUCGGGCGCUCGACUCGGUGAAUAACGACGAGAUGCCACCGUACCCCACAGUGGUGCUCGGGUUUCCUGCUGUAGCCACCGUGACCAUCCUAGAUGACGAUCAUGCAGGGAUCUUCACAUUUGAGAGUGGGACAGUGCAUGUGAGUGAAAGUGUGGGAAUUAUGGAUGUCAAGGUGCUCAGGACGUCUGGGGCAAGAGGGACUGUCAUUGUUCCAUACCGCACUGUCGAGGGACUCGCUAUAGGAGGUGGGGAAGACUUUGAGGACACGUAUGGAGAGCUGGAGUUCAAAAACGAUGAGACUUGUAAAAUGAUCCAGGUGAGGAUAAUUGAUGAUGAGGAGUAUGAGAAGAAUAAAAACUUCUUCCUGGAAUUGGCGGAGCCGCGCAUGGUGGACAUGAGCCUGCAGAAAGCUCUGUUGUUAGCUGAUGAUGUUCCAGACAGGAAGUUGUCAUCAGAGGAAGAGGAAGCGAGGAGAGUAGCUGAGAUGGGGAAGCCAGUCCUGGGAGAGCAUUCAAAACUCGAAGUUAUCAUUGAAGAGUCCUACGAGUUCAAGAACACAGUAGAUAAGUUGAUUAAGAAGACAAACCUGGCUCUGGUUGUUGGCACCAACUCAUGGCGAGAGCAGUUCAUGGAGGCCAUUACAGUCAGCUCAGGUGAUGAGGAUGAUGAUGAUGCUGGGGAGGAGCGUCUCCCAUCUUGUUUCGAUUACGUCAUGCACUUCCUAACUGUGUUCUGGAAGGUUCUGUUUGCAUGUGUCCCUCCCACUGAGCACUGGAAUGGCUGGGCGUGCUUCUUCACCUCCAUCAUCAUCAUCGGCUUCCUCACGGCCAUCAUCGGAGAUCUCGCCUCACACUUUGGCUGCACCAUCGGCCUCAAGGACUCCGUCACCGCUGUUGUCUUUGUCGCCCUUGGCACCUCUGUCCCAGACACAUUUGCGAGUAAAGUGGCGGCGGUGCAGGACGUGUAUGCGGACGCAUCCAUCGGGAAUGUGACGGGGAGUAACGCAGUGAAUGUGUUUGUGGGAUUGGGCGUGGCCUGGACUGUAGCAGCCGUGUACUGGCGUGUUCACGGCCGUGUAUUUGAGGUGCAAGCUGGCUCACUCGCCUUCUCCCUCACGCUCUUCAGUGUCUUCUCCGUCUUUGCUGUGCUUGCCCUCAUGUACCGUCGCCGUGGCAACAUCGGCGGAGAGCUUGGCGGGCCGAGACGCCAUCGCAUCAUCACGACGCUCUUCUUCAUCAUGCUGUGGUUCCUCUACAUCCUGCUGUCCAGCCUUGAGGCCUACUGCCACAUCCAGGGCUUCUAGAGACACGGUGGAAAGACAGGGUGGAAGGCCAGAGAGAGAGAAGGAGAGAGAGAAGGAUGAGUGGAGCAGAACUUGAAGAAACACAGGAGUCUGAUCUUCUUAAAGUAAGACGUGAGACAAACAAGGAACACAGAGAGAGAGAGAGAGAGAGAGACAGAAAGAGAGUCCUGGAAAGGAAACAUUUGUGUCUGACAUUGAGUAUGUUUUUGGAGAAAGUGAGACAGGAAAAGAGAGAGAGCGAGAGAGA